AUGGCCGACAGGGCGGGGCCAGCCACUGAGGGGCCAGGGGUGGAGGAGUCGCUGUUGCUGCUGGACCUCCCGGAAACCUGCCCCUUCCCCCCCGCCAACUCCACCCUAUCCCUGCACGGGCUGCAGGGGCUGAGCCCCACCCUGCGCAUGCCCGACGGCAGCCAGCUCGCCGGCAGCCUGGCCACGCCGGCAGGCAGCACGCUGCUCAUGUCGGGCACGGAGGCCACGGGCCUCCAAUUCCUGGGCCAAACUCGCACCACCGUCAGCUUCGCUCCCAGCAGCGAGGCAUGA